UUCAAAUUAAUACAUAAAUUUCAAAAUGAACAAUAGUAAUCCUGAUAUAUUAUGCGUUUCAAGAUCAUUUAGAGCCAAAAACUCAAGUUGACUUUUUCUGUAUUGAAAAUUAUCUCUAUAUUGAAAAGAAACAAAGAACAAAGUAAUUUGUCGAUAUGAUAUAAUGCUUAAACAUUACUACCAAAAAAAGUAUAUCUAUUUAUUUUUCAUUUACAGCUCGAUUGACAUUCACAAAUACACAAGAUAUUUUAAAAUCAUAUUUUAACUCCAAAAAAAAUGUCUUUUUUAUGAAUUUUUGCUUUUCAACUAAGACAUCUAACUUAAUCUUUAUCAAUCGGCUGCACAUUGUACAACACAUGUCAGUAUUGUCAACGAACUGAAACGUAAACAUACGGAUUAACCGUUGCCAACAGGUAUUAUUAUGGUAACAGGGUAUACGUAUCGAUCGACGCAUAUCAUCUGUACAUCAUGUGUACACCAUUCAGUCGUUUCUGCAACUUCGUUGAGGAAAGACGAUGGCGGAUGAUAUUACCGCAAUUCAGAAAAAGUUCGGCAGUCUGAACGAAUACAGCAUACAACUGAAUAGAUGGCUUUCGAAAACGAUAGGCGUAUGGCCACUUCCAUCGUCCACCACGAAAUUCGAAAAGAUAAUGACAAAGAUUUUAAUUUUUCUCUGUUGGAUCAUCGCGCUAUUCGUCAUAACAUCAAGCCUGUUACAUUUUACCCUCGUUAAAGAGGAUAUUAUUUCAAAACUGAAAACGCUUGGCCCUAUAAGUUAUUGCUUUGGUGGAGGGCUCAAUUACGCCGUGUUGUUGCUUCGUAAAGACGAUAUACGCUAUUGUAUAGAUCAUAUAGAAACCGAUUGGAAGGCUAUCACGAGGACAGGCGAUCGGCAAGUAAUGUUUAAAAACGCGAAAAUUGGUCGCAUCAUUUCCGGUUGCAUCGCGAGCUUCAUGCAAGUUAGUACAAUUUGUUUCGGCAUCGUAUUUGGAGUUUUCAAACAGAAAAUCAAAAUCGGCAACGAAAGUAUGGAAAUACACGUGUUACCUUUUCCAACCUACAAAAUUCCGGUUGAUACUAAUCUAGAGCACAGUAUCGUUCUUGGUUUCCAAUUUCUGACAGGAUGCAUUAUGAGUGCUACCGUUGUUAUCGCUUUCAGCCUUGCUACUGUAUUUGCAUGCCACGCUGCUGGCCAGUUAACUAUAAUGGUUACAUGGAUUAAAGAAUUUGUAAAUCGGCCACAAGAAGAAAAUAAAAAUAUGCGAGUUAAUGAGAUAAGUGUGAUCAUCGAACAUCAUUUAAGAAUUCUAAGUUUCUUAGGACGUACUGAACAUCUAUUGAGUCCAAUAUGCUUUAUGGAAAUGUUCAAGAAUGUAUUAAGUAUAUGCAUGCUUAGCUAUUGUAUUCUCGUGGAAUGGUCUGGACGUGAUAUUAGAGCCCUCAGUGCAUAUACUUUUUCAGUAAUGAAUAUAGCUUUAAGCACAUUUCUAAUAUGUUAUAUCGGUGAAGUAUUAACUGAAAAAUGUAAAGAAAUUGGUAACAUGGUUUACAUGACAAAUUGGUAUCGAUUAUCUGAUAAAGAUAUUCUUAAUCUGAUUAUGAUUAUUACACGAUCUAGUGUAGAAUACAAAAUGACUGCCGGAAAAAUAAUUGAUAUGUCGGUGAUCACAUUUGGUAAUAUAAUAAAAACUAUUUUUGCAUAUUUAAAUAUAUUACGCCAAAUGACAAUAUUGUAAAGUGCACAUGUAUUGAGCAUAUAAAAAAAAAUAUAUAUUUCAAAAAAAAAUAUUGCACAUUAAU